UUAAAGUCAGCGAGUGUAAGAGCAUCUAUAAAAGUUAUUUGUAUUUUUUUCACAUCCAAGCCUGCUUGAUUUUUUAUGGCCAGCACUCCACCACAACUACUGCCCAUCAUCAUCAUCAUCUAACAUCAUUCGUGUCCCAUGGCCAGCCACUCAAAGGCAAGCGCUGAAUUGACAAAUUGAUGGAUGGUUCUCCAAACGCUGCAUGCUUCAGCAUCUCUCCUUUAUUUUUUUUCCUUCAUUGCCCCUUGUACAAGUAUAUGAUGCAUUAUUAUUCCGGAAAAGUUUGCGACCGCAGCAACAACAAUUGCUUGCCUAAGUGUUUUAUUAGCCAUCGAGAACAGAGCUUGAGUUCGGUUGAGUUGAGUUGAUUGUCAGUUUUCGAACACAUUGUUUUUUUUUUUUUGGUUAUUUUGUUUUGUAUACAAUUUUCCUAAAUUGCUUUGGGGUUUUAUUGCUUAGCAUGCCUUCAUCGUCAACCCAUACCAAUCCGCUGACGAAUGAGCAGGUCGAAGAGCUGAAGGAUGCCUUUGAAAGGUACGAUCUGGAUUCAAAUGGCACUCUAUCAGCGACUGGGAUCCGUAUGGCUUUGAUUUCAAUGGGUCACGAGGUCACUGAAGCGGAGCUUUACGAUCUCAUCCGUUCGGUGGCUGCCACGAAUGAGCCAGUAUUGGAUUUUCACAAAUUUAUGCAAAUGAUGGCGCCCCGGUUGGCCGAUGUCGAUAGUGACGAGAGUCUGGAGCGGACCUUCAAACUGCUGGACCGUGAUCGCGACGGCUAUGUCAACUGUCAGGAUGUAAGUGCGAUCAUGGUCCUCUUGGGAGCAGUCGUAACCGACAAUGAAACCAUGGACAUCUUCCGUUCAGUCGAUAUGGAUGGCGAUGGCCGCAUAAGUCUGCGCGACUUUAUCAGCUUCAUGCAUAGUCCCAUUUAAACUUUGGCCCACUAUAAAAAUUGAAAUUGUGUGCGUGAACAAAUUGCAUUCAGAAAAAAUUAACACGAAAACAAUUACAUUUUAACUGUUAGUCAAUUCAAAGAAAAUAUACAUUUUGCAAUCA